AUGAAGCUUACCCCAUACCUCCUCGCCGCCCUCCUCCCCGCCACCAUCCUCGCCGCCCCGGAAGCAGAACCCGACCCCGUUGCGGACCCCGAGCCCGAGCCCGAGAUCGAAGCCCGCCAGGCCACCACAGGUCCAGUCUCCUGCUCUAUCUUCGGGACCAUCGUCAGCAAGAAGCUCCCCGCGCCCUGUGCGGUCAACGGGCCUACCUUCGCCAAGAACACCAGGGUCACCUUCACGUGUCAGAUCCUGACCGACGAGACCUGGAUAAGAGUCGGACAAUUCGGGGCUGGAAGCUCUUGGGUCCGACGGAAUGACCCCGCUGUGCAGCCGUGCUCUGGAUUCGCAUCUGUCAAAUUGCCCAAGUGUUAG